AUGUAUUACGACGAGCGCCAUCAAUACAACGGUGAACGCUACUAUCCGAGGCAGGAUCCGUUUGAUUCUCCACCGAGAAUUACCCAUAUUCAUACUACUGUUCACCCAUAUGGUGGACCCACCAGAGAUAUGGACAUCGCUAAGACCUUUGACCAUGAGCCUUUCAGGCACACGGACCCAAAGUACAAAUGCCUAUGCAAUAAGAUGCAUGUGAAGCAAGGAUGCAAAUGUAUACUAGCAUUUUUGAUCAUUGUAGCUAUCAUCGCUGCUCUUCUCUUGAUCCUCAACUGGAACAUCGGAACCUGGACCACCCUUAUCAUCCACGCUAUCCUCCUUCUCGGUAUUAUUGCUUGUGCAUUCGCUUUGGUUCUUGCCAUGAAAACUGAAAAAGAGAAACUAUUGCUGCCAGUCGCUGGAAUUGCUAUUCUCGGAGCCAUCAUCUCAAUUGUCUUCCUGGUCUUCACCAUCUGGUCCCUUAUCGAUCCAAGUGGAGCUACUGGACAACUCGUGAACAACUUUGUUGUCAGCCAGAAUGCUUCGCAUACAGAUGAUCAAGGACUACACGAGAACCGUGAAGAAAUCGAGACGAUAUCCGCCAUCACUCUUGUUAUUGCUUUGGCCGCACUGGCUGCCAGUCUAUGGGUGGCAUUUGUUGUUUACAAAUACUACAUGUACCUGAAGGACAUGAAAUUUGCGAGAGUUCCAAAAAAUCAGGUUCACAUUGAAAUCACCGACUUGAAGAAGGGAAUCAACCAAUAA